GCUUGCGCUUUCGGUUCGGAAUUCGUUAUGACCGCCGGUACGUAGUUCCAGAAUGUGGCUUUUGGACAGCACCCUUUCGCAAGUGUCUGCUCUCCGCAACUGUCGUCUGCUUCUGCUUUAUCUGAGCCGAGGCUGAGGGAUGGCACCUUAUCGUGGCGCGGCUGUUUGCCGAGGCAUGUCACCCAAGUUGCCAAAGUCUGUCCCGAGGAAUGGGUUGACACGGUGCUGCUGCGGUCCACGGAAUCGACUUUCGCAGAAUCUUUGAUCGCCUCUGACGAGCCCCAACAUUUUCCACACACCGUAUCCCCUCACGUCGGAGCAGAACAGACUUUAUUUUUAACUAUCGGACUGCUGACAACAAAUAUUUUAGAUUUCCUUUGUCAACGUGGGAUCUAGAUGCAAGGUUUUGCUUGGUUAAGUGGUAAGCUGUGCCAUCGAUUCCAUUACAUAACACUGCAAAUUUGCCAUAGGACAAGGGGCAAGGGACACUCUCAUACUCUCAUACUCAUGCUCAUGGUCAUGGUCUAUCUAAUUAAACAAUGUAACCUCAGCUCGUGACAUGAUACUGUGUGUUUAUUUGCCUAGCAAGGAUUUAUUCUGAACUGCUUUUCUCUUGAUCUCUGCCUCAUCCUAAAGCUAUCACUUGAAGAAGUGUUGCCAGUAGUUCCAUGAGCAGUAACAUUGUGGGGAAAUGAGUGGUGAAGAGAGAAGCUUCCACCAUGGAUACGAGCGCUUGGAGCGUUCUCUCUCUCAUCAGCAGAUUGAAAUCGGUUCGGAGGAUGGAGAAUUCAUCCACUGCUUCGGAUACCAACAUGACAGCCUUCGAUCUUGGAUCUACUGGAUAACAUCCCUUCUUUUCAUCGGAACUCCAACCUUACUUUUGUCGUGGUAUCCACAGUUUGCUGGAAUACGCUACAAACAAUGCAGCCUUGAUUCUGCAACUCUUGUCCUCGUACGAGACAGCCAUGGAGUUUGCUCAUUGCAUGAGGUGCAGUUAAUGUCGCAUCUGCGGCCUAGCUCAGCAAUUGCAGAAAAUGCUCGAAUCUUCACACAUCGGCUUUUGCAGUUUGUGUGGACGAAUGGCAAAGGUUUCCAAAGGUUAAGAGGACUCUCAAAUGCACAGAUGACACUUGCUUCUGUUUUGGAUUCUGCUGAGGGACUUACCAAACAAGAACAGGACAAUCUCCGAGAACUAUAUGGACCAAACCAUAUGGAAGUGGAAGUGAAGUCCUAUUGGAGUUUAUUCAUCAGUGAAGUUUUCAACCCUUUUUAUCUGUUCCAAGCAUUCAGUAUUAUGCUUUGGUCAGCAGAUGAAUACUAUUACUACGCAGCCUGUGUUCUCUUUCUCACUGCCGUGUCAGUUACUGCAUCCCUUGUUCAAACCAAGAGGCAAAGCCUGGCUUUAAGAAACCUUGUUGAAGCAUCAAACUGUAGCCGCAUUAAAGUGUGCCGCAGAGAUGGAGAGUGCGAGGAUGUAGAUACAUCAUGCUUGGUUCCGGGGGAUGUCAUUCUGGUUCCUUCUGAUGGCUGUUUUAUGCCCUGUGAUGCAAUUCUCUUGGCUGGAACAUGUAUUGUCAAUGAAAGCAUGUUAACAGGGGAAAGUGCUCCAGUAACAAAGUCACCACCACCUCACAGUGAUGAAACUUAUGAUCCAAAUAUUCACCGCCGUCAUACACUGUUCUGUGGGACUCACGUUAUUCAAACAAGGUACUACGGUAACCACCAGGUUUCAGCUUUGGUGAUUCGCACUGGCUUUUCCACAUCUAAAGGAGAACUACUACGUUCGGUCAUGUUCCCUAAGCCAAUGGGCUUUCGAUUUUAUGAGGAUUCUUUGAAAUUUGUGCUUUUCCUCUUUGUUUUGGCUGCGUUUGGUAUGUCAUACUGCGUGUAUUUGUAUGUGCAGCGAGAGGCUAGUGGUAGUACUAUUGCUCUUCGAACUCUAGAUAUCAUUACAAUAGUAGUUCCUCCUGCUUUACCAGCUGCCAUGACUGCAGGCACUGUGUUCUCCCAAGCUCGUUUAAAGAAGAAGGGCAUAUUUUGCAUAUCUCCUCCACGUAUCAAUGUAUGUGGCAAAAUAAAAAUGAUAUGCUUUGACAAGACGGGGACAUUGACAGAAGAUGGGCUCCAUUUUUGGGGUGUGCUUCCCAUUAAAAAUCAACAAUUCUCAACACAACCUGUUUGGAAUCCUUCCACUGAGCUGGCAACCAAAUCACAUCUUCUUGUUGCCAUGGCAUGUUGCCACUCUCUCACAAGAAUCCAUAAUGAAUUAUGUGGAGAUCCUUUAGAUCUGAGCAUGUUUGAAGCCACUCAUUGGGAGCUGGAAGAACCAGGAGCAGAUGAUACUACUCGUUAUGAUAUGUUGGCUCCAACUGUUGUCCGACCCCAACCAUCUUCUCAAUCAUCUCCAUUAAAAGAGGUGGUACCUGAUGAUGAUGCUAUCUGGAAUGCUGAAGAGGAAUUUGAUAUACCAUACGAAGUAGGAAUCAUGCGACAGUUUCCUUUUAGCUCUACAAUGCAGUGCAUGUCAGUCAUUGUGAGAACCUUAGGAGUUAGAAAUAUGGCCCUGUACACAAAGGGUGCCCCUGAAAAAAUUCUCAACAUUUGCAUUCCUGAAACUGUUCCAGAUAAUUUUUCUCAGGUUUUGUCUGAGUUUACAUCAUCUGGAUAUCGAGUAAUUGCACUGGCAUACAAACCAUUAGAAUCCAAGCUCACAUGGCCUAAAGCUCAACGUAUCAAAAGAGAGCAGGUUGAGAAGGAUAUGCAUUUGCUAGGACUACUCAUCAUGCAGAAUGCUUUGAAGCCUGAGACUUCACCAGUAAUGCAUCAGUUGCAAGCUGCCAAAAUACGAAGUGUAAUGGUGACAGGUGACAAUUUGAUGACUGCAGUGAGUGUAGCCCGUGAUUGCGGUAUGAUUAACCGCACCGAGUCUGUACUCAUCCUUUCUGCUGUUGCCCCAGAUCCGGGAAGGAAUGGGCAGGUCUCUUUGCAAUGUCUGCAUGGUGACCCUCCUCCAAUUGAGGUGCUGUGGUCGAGUGGUGGUGCGGCCACUUUCCAUUUGGCAUUGGAUGGGCGCACUUGGGGUGUUCUCCGAUCGCAUUUCCCAGAAUUGUUACCAACGGUCAUUACUCAGGGUACAGUAUUUGCUCGCAUGGCCCCGGAUCAGAAGACCCAACUUGUUGAGCAGCUGAUGGCCAUGGAUUAUGUCGUAGCUAUGUGUGGAGAUGGAGCCAAUGACUGUGGGGCAUUGAAAGCUGCUCAUAUUGGUGUAUCACUAUCAGAAGCUGAAGCCUCUGUGGCUGCUCCAUUCACAUCGAGAGAAGUUAAUAUAACCUGUGUUCUACGCCUCAUUAGAGAGGGCCGCUGUGCCCUCACCACAAGCUUUGAAACUUUCAAGUACAUGGCAAUGUACUCUUUAAUACAGUUUAUAACUGUGCUGAUUCUGUACUCUGAGGGCGCAGCUCUAAGUAAUUUGGAAUUUUUGUUCGUGGAUCUUGGCAUUACAACGACUCUUGCUGUCACUCUUGGGCGUACGGGCCCAGCACCUGGCCUUACUCACCGGAGACCUGUUGGUAGUUUAGUGUCUCUUACUAAUCUGGUACCCCUUGGUCUGCAAGUGAUGCUUUGCUUCUGUGUGCAAUGGAGUGCUUUGAAACUUCUACAAAUCCAGCCCUGGUAUGAGCAUGUUGUAAUUACGCCAGAUGAUGAUGAUGAAGGAGUUGUAGUUUGUUGGGAAAACACAGCAGUUUACUGUGUGAGCUGCUUUCAGUAUCUGGCAUUAGCUGGUGUGUACUCCAAAGGAGCUCCUUUCAGGCAACCGUUUUAUACCAAUCCUGCCUUAGUGGGAAUGCUAGCUUUGCUAACGGUUGUUUCCACGUUAAUGCUUGUGUAUCCCAUUGGCUCAAUUGCUGAAUACAUGGAAUUUAUACCAUUGGAUCUGAGUGGAACACAUACAGGAAAUAUGAUGAAUUGGUUCCGAGUGUGGCUUCUAGCUCUCCCAAUCCUUCAUCUUGCUGGUGCUGCUGCUGUUGAGAAUUUUGUUGCGGAAACUCGGUGGCUUAAAGUAGUACUGCACUGGAUUUCAAGAAAGAAGAGCAAGAAAAAUAGGUACAAGAAGGUGGAUCAUAUCACAUCUCUUGCUACAUACUGGCCCUCAUCACAUGGUACCCCAUACAAAUCUCAUGUCGAUAUUCCACUUCCCCCCAAAGAAACAUUUUUGUAAAGAUGAUUUUAUGUCAAUUACUGUAAUUGAAAAAGUUGUGGACUUGGACAUGCAGAAGAUUUACAUGAUUGUGAGGAAAUGCUUUCCUCUCUUAGACAGUUUUAUUUAGAUUAGGUGUCCUUCUUGUGCGAAGACCAAAAAUGAGCUUAUUCAGAAUUCAUUUAUCAGGUGAGAUAUUGUAAUAAUAUUAAUUAUUUAAGACAUCUCUUUCUUUUCUUUUUUUUUCGUUUUUGUUCCUUUCUCUUUGAUAUUAAGUGUGUGGAAACCUACCUAGAUUGACCCUUAAUCAGAGUAUAUUCAUUAAGCAAUAAUAUUUUUGUAUGAGAUAGUCUUAUGAGCAAGCUGCCAAAAAUUACUUCUUAUUUGUAUGUUAGUAAACACACUUGUUAGGAAGAUUUUGUGAAGAAGAUAAAUGUCAAAGUUGUGUAGAAAUUUUGUACUCCAUGUUGUCACAUACCAAGACACAUAUUUUGUGGUUUCUCCCCCUAUGUGAUUUGGAUCCAACAAUGUUUGUAUUAUUUACAAACACUCCCUGUGAUAUUAGUGAGCAAUUAUGCAAGUAUUCUUUAGUAUUUUCUUUCCAACAUAAUUGUUUGCAUACGUGUUUUGAAAGUAGUAAUCAGUGCCACUGACCAUGACUUGAAAUCAACAAUACUCUCACAUAUCCAAUAAACUGUAAUGAGACUGGUUCGACAAUAAAACUCAGGCUCACUGUUUUCUAAAAAUCUGAAUGAGCAUAAGGCUUCAAUGGUUUUUAUAUCUAUGAUGUCAAUUGAAACCUUUUCAUUGUUUUCUGGAGAGUGUAGUUGUUUUGUUGUUUUGUUUUUUCACCAAAUAAUAAAUGUGAUCAAUAUCUGCAUUUUUCUAAAAGGUCAAUUUAAUGGCUGUUUCCUGUUAUUAGUGUAAGGCUGAGAAUUUUUAAAAAAAUGUCUUUUAUAAUUGGAAUAAGAUACUGUACAAUUGCAUACAAACCAAAUUUAGUUGAAUUUAGACUCAUGUACCAUAAUAUUUUGGCCAUGAUUCAAUUUUUGAGGACUCUCUUUGACAUGAGGUAUCGAAAAUAUAUAUUCUGUACUUAAUUUUA